AUGAAAAGAUUUGAUUAUUGCAGAUAUUCAAAUUCCAGCAUUGCUACAAAUAUUGAAGGACAAAGUGAAAACAUUGAAAAUGGACAAUUUCACUCAGAAUUGUCUAAAGAUCAGAUCGUUAUCAAAGACAAAUCUAUCAAAAAAAAUGGCAUGCCACCUAUCAGCACAUUGCCAGUCGAAGAAAUUUUGAAAUCUUACUUAACAACUCUCGAUUUGGACAAUUGUGAGACGGAAAGUGAUAAUGCUUUCUUUGUCGCUGAUCUUGGUGAAAUAUAUCGUCAACACCUUCGUUGGAAAACUAAUUUGCCUAGAGUUGAGCCAUUUUACGCAGUUAAAUGUAAUACAGAUCUUACGUUGCUUAGAUUGUUGGCAGCUCUAGGAACAGGAUUUGAUUGUGCUAGCAAAUCUGAGAUAAAAACCAUUCUUGAUAUGGGUAUCGAUCCAUCUAAAAUCAUCUACGCUAAUCCAUGUAAACAAAGUUCGUUUAUACGAUUCGCCGCUGAGCAUGAUGUCAAAAUGAUGACAUUUGAUAAUGCGGAGGAACUCCGCAAAAUCAAACGUUUUUUUCCUAACGCUCAAUUGGUUAUUCGUAUUCUCACCGAUGAUUCUAAAGCUUUGAUCAAGCUGGGAACUAAAUUUGGUGCUUCUUUAAAUAACACGGGCUUUCUUUUACAAACUGCUCGUGAUUUAGGCUUAAGCGUCAUAGGAGUCAGUUUUCAUGUUGGUAGCGGUUGUUAUGAUGAAAAUGCUUAUAUUGAUGCUAUUCAUAGGGCUAGAUUUGUAUUUGAUCAAGCUACGGAAUUAGGUUUCAAUUUUCAUUUACUCGACGUUGGGGGUGGAUUUUCUUUUUCACACAAAAGUGAUGAUGGAAUCAGUUUUGAAAAAAUAGCGGCUCUACUUGGGCCUGCUAUUGAUAAAUAUUUUCCUCCCAAUAUCCGUGUCAUUGCUGAGCCUGGACGUUAUUAUGCAGCUCCAGCUUUUACUAUUGCUACGCAUAUUAUUGCUAAAAGAACGGUUCGUAGAGAUAUUGAAGAGGAGUAUAUUCCGAAUAUGAACGCCGACCAAAACGAUGUAUCGCCGACUGGGGACGACCAUCCAGCAUUUAUGUAUUAUAUUAAUGAUGGCCUAUAUGGCGCUUUCAAUUGUAUUCUUUAUGAUCAUCAACUUGUUACCCCCAAAGUUUUGAUGAAAGGAGGUAACUUUUUAUUUGGUGAAACAUUGGACGAACCUGAAUAUAGCUGUUUUAUUUGGGGACCAACUUGUGAUUCUAUUGACUGUAUCACAAAAAAUGGAAGUCUUCCUGAAUUAUUACCUGGUGAUUGGCUAUAUUUCGAAGAAAUGGGUGCCUAUACUAUUGCAGCAGCUACAAAAUUCAAUGGAUUUAAACAAAGUAAAAUUAUCUAUACCACCACUGAACCCCAUGUUCUUGAUGUGCUCUCUCUCUGA